AUGAGACUCAAGCUGUUGACUGGCGCACCUCUUCGCGAGCGUCUUGACUUUAGUGACAGCAGCCUCAUCGCAGUUGUCGAAUGCAGCGGCUUCGAUGUGAAAGCAUGGCAUUGUCAAUCGACCGAGGACCAAGCUGCUCUGAAGUGGCGAGAAGUCGGCCCCAAGAGCGCUCGCCUUCGUACCGGAUGGUCGCAACCACAUCUUCCAGGAACAGGACUGCAGGGUAUCGACACUAACCACUCCUUUGCAAUAGCAACCUUGGAGGGCUCGUCGGGACUGUCCGAGCAUGGUACGACUAACCUCGACACUACUCUUACCCUCGAUGAGCAAGCCUCUGCAGCUGAUGAAUACCUUGAGCACUCCCUAAUCUUUCACGAUACGUUAUUAUCUUCACAGGUCGUACAAGACGUGGCUGCAGAUACCACUGUAACCUCUUCAUCGUUCUUAACGACUUCGUUUGGCACCACCUCGUCAGGGCUUAGCAGUCCCUCACCAGUCGAUAGCCAUGUACUCAUAUUGCAAGUACCGUCUGCAAUGGCUGUGACUGCCCUUGGCUCGUUACCUAGUGCGCAACAUCUGCGCUCCAUCUACCCUCAGACUCCAACGCCAAACCUUCUCUGUGCUCUCACGACUACACCUGAGCGACGAGAAGUGUUCGUACGCAAAGGAGGAUACAAGAUGGACCUAUGGGAGGUCACUGUCGGAGACGACACAUACCCAAACUUCAAGGUGACAUUCUGGCUACGUCCGCCUCGAGAGUCGAACAACGAACAGAACCAUGCGCAAGUUCAGCUUUUACACACCUUGGAGCGUCUCCAAGUCGGCAACAUCAUCCUUCUACGCAACAUAGCGUUGACCUCUUUUCGCGAUAUCGUAUAUGGCCAAUCAUUGAAUACCGCAAUUGCCAGAGCCAGAACGUCAGUAGACGUCCUGAUGAAGAGCAGCGGAUUGUCCGUUGCGCAAGUUAGUGGGCUGCCCCCAUCAGUGGUUGAGACAUUCAUGAGAGUCAAGAGAUGGGCCAGAUCACACAUUGCUGGAGAUACAGACAAGAACAGAAAGCGAAAAGGCGUUCUUUCGACCGCUGGCAAUGCGACAAAGCGAUCGUUCACAGGUUCUGCACAAGAUGAAGCUUUACCACCCGAUACGAUGGAAGCAAGUUCAUAG